ACUCAUCAUGUUCUGAAGCACCAAUGGUAGAGGCUCGGAUCUGCCCAAAACCCACAAUUUCACAUCUGCAAACACUGUCUUCAUCCACUUGACUCCCAAGACCCGCCCACACGUGGCCAACCUUUUGCGUUUUUAAUGCUUUUUCACUGCAGGUUCAUGUGUUGAGACCAACCUUAUAUGGACUGAUCAGACCGCGGAUUGCCAAACUGGUGCAGCAACUUUCCUGCAUACAUUUCCCCAGAAUAUGUCGUUGACCAACACAAAGACGGGCUUUUCUGUAAAGGACAUUUUGGACCUCCCUGACACGAAUGAUGAAGAAGGAUCUAUCACUGGACCGGAGGAAGAUAACGAGGGAUCAGAGACAACAAAAAACACUGGAGUUUUGGUGCAAAGUCCUCUCGAAAACGUUCAGAAUCUGCCUAUAAAGAACCCCUUUUAUGAUAGUAGUGACAAUCCUUACACAAGAUGGCUUGCCACCACGGACAGUAUCCAAUAUUCACUGCAUGGUCUAUCAGCUAGUUCUCAAGACUCAGCCAAGUCCCCAGAACCCUCCGCGGACGAAUCGCCAGACAAUGACAAGGAAACUUCAAGCAACGGCAGCGACUCCGGUAAGAAGAGAAAAAGAAGAGUGCUGUUUUCCAAAGCACAGACGUACGAACUUGAGCGUCGAUUUAGGCAACAGAGAUACCUUUCCGCUCCAGAGAGAGAACACCUCGCGAGUUUGAUUCGCCUGACUCCAACUCAAGUGAAAAUUUGGUUCCAGAAUCAUCGAUACAAAAUGAAGAGAGCGCGCGCUGAAAAAGGUAUGGAAGUGACCCAUCUCCCCUCUCCCCGGCGGGUGGCCGUGCCUGUCUUAGUCAGGGAUGGAAAGCCUUGUCAUACUCUUAAAGCUCAGGACUUGGCGGCCACAUUUCAGGCUGGAUUCCCCCUCUCGGCAUAUAGCGCCCAGACCCUUCAUCAAAUGCAAUAUAAUGCUCAGUACAGCGCCGCCACCACGCCACAAUUCCCUUCAGCACAUCACUUGAUGCAAACGCAACAGUGGACUUGGUGA